UGCUGGCCUCGUGUCGGCGAACACCUGCUCCACAACGGUUACCCCGGUCCAGCCGGCCCUUUGUCCCGCAACCGCCACUAUAUAUAUAAUAUAAAGCCCAUAAGACUAACUUCCAGUCAAGUUUUUAAGCUUUGCGUGACAACAUCGUUGAUGAAAUUUAGCAAAUUCAAAAAAAAAAAAAAAUCUCUAAAUGAAUCAUUAAGUGACACGUGCCAAUAUUUUUUUUAGUGAUUUUUUUUUUUUUUUUUCUACAAUUAUAAACAAUUUUUUUUCUCAUUAUGGAGAUAUUAUUGUGUUUGAUGACAUUAAGUGUCACUGGAUUUGUUUACUCUCAAGAAUCAUCAUCUUCAAUUGAUCUUGCAAGUACUGUUAAAUUACUUCAGGAGCAAGUUAGCGCACUUCUUGAACAUCGACAAGAGGAGUACAAUGCACUUGAGGAUAGUCUCAAGAAGGCCAUGGAGAAGAAUACAGAACUCAUUGUUUUGAAGAAUGAAGUCAAAUUUUUGAGAAAGGAAAUGAAUAUCCUACGGGGCGGAAGUAGCAACGAGGCGAAGAAUGAAAGAUUGAGGGUCCGAUGGUUGGGCAGUGCCGUGACGGAAUUACAAAGUGAAUUGGCCGAGGUCCUAAGAGCUAGGAAUGCUAGUGAAGAAUUUGUCGAAAGAUCAAGAAUGAGAAGUGAAAUUGCAUUAUUGAGAAGCGAUGUUGCUGAAGUUGGUCGUGGUAUCAGAGAUAUGGGCGUUCGAAUGACUAGUCUUGAGGCAUCAUUUGGUACCGUUCGUAUGGAUAUUGCAGCUGUUAAGGAACGAGUUAGUCAAUUGUCCAGGACGUGUGCCGAUGUCAGUAGCCAGUUAAGUACAGUUCAAAUGGAAAUGAAAUCAACAAAAUACGAUCACAAUUCCGAGCAUAAAUUGAAUCAUCAUCAACUUUCGCGAAAUGAAAUUCAAAUUGAAUCAAAACGUAUGGGUGGCAGUCAUCAUACACGUCAUUCAAUGUCAAGAUUACCGGCAACUUUGAGACAUGUUGAGGAACGUCUUGGUAAUUUAGAGCAUAAAAUUGCUGUGGUUGCGAGAAAAAAGUCUAUUAUUGAGAAACGUGUCAUAUUUGAGGAUCAAAUUGAUUUAUUUAAUCGUAUUGAAAAACUUGAGAGUCUUGAGGAAAAUUUAUCGCGACGUAUUUUUAAUGUUAGUCAAGAUGUUAUUGAAUCGCAUAAAUUGAGUGAAUCAAUGGUACAAUUAUUUGAAUCUGUCGAAAGUAUUGAGGAUAAAAUUGAGACAAAUCAAUCGGACGCAAAACGUGAAAUUGCCCGUUUAGAUGUGAAUGCUGCGCGUAAAGCCGCGGAAUUAUCAUUGACACGUGAGGAAUUGGGUAAUUUGAAAAAAGCCGUUCAAGCACUGAGUGUGAGUGCAUCAAAAUUACAGGAGAAAAGCGAUCAACAACAUGAGGCAAUUGUUAAUUUAACAAUGUCAUUGGGAAAAAUUGAUUUGAAUAGAACAAUUGAUAAGGCCAGUAAUAUCACCAAAGAAUUGGAACACGUUGAAGAUCAAUACAGAUCAAUGAUCGACGCCCUACCAGGGAAUUGUAAAGAAAGGGACGGACUGACUUUAUUAGCACCUGGUCCAGGUGCACCGCUUUUAGCGUCAUGUAGUAAAGGUUGGAUUGUUGUUGGACGAAGAACAGAAGGGACAAUUGACUUUGAUCGCAGCUGGAAUGAUUAUGCAACUGGUUUUGGUUCACCGGUGAAUGAAUUUUGGGCAGGAAAUGAAGCACUUCAUCGUUUAACAAGGGACAAUUGUACAAGAUUGAAAAUUGAUUUAAUUGAUAUUGAUGGACAAUAUUGGCAGGCAAAUUAUGAAUUAUUUAAUGUUGACACCGAGGAAUCUGGUUAUAAAUUACAUAUUUCAGAUUAUUCUGGUAAUGCAACUGAUGCAAUGUCAUAUCAAAAUGGAAUGGCAUUUAGUGCAAAGGAUAGAGACAUGGACAUUAGUCCAAGUGAUUGUGCCGCUAAUUAUCAUGGUGGUUGGUGGUUCAGUCACUGUCAGCAUGCAAAUCUCAAUGGUCGUUAUUCUCUUGGGCUUACAUGGUUCCGUUCUGAUAUCAAUGAAUGGAUGGUAAUUGCCUCAGCUGAAUUGUCCGUACAGAAAAAAAGUCAAUGCUAA